UAUUUAGAUUGACAUCCGCUGGUCACACAAAAGAACACGUACUUCUGAGAGAGCGCAUCGGUUAAAACGAAAUAAGCUUGGAUAACACGAUGACCCCGCACCCAGAGUGACUGAGCAGUUCGAGAACCGACCCUGGACAACCGUGGGUUAUGUCCGCUUGUGUACACUGCGAAGGGGAACCGAAGAAGCAACAGGAGCGGAUUCCGAGCCGAAGAGAGCGCACAUUCCACCGCCCGCCGCCACCAGCAUGAUCACGGUUUUCUGCCUGCUGCUUGGCAAGCUGCUGUUCCUCCUGGUUGUCGGCUACGAGCUGCUGCAGCGGUUUCGCGACCGGCUGAAUGCACUGGCCCGACGGUCAUAUGACCUCUGGCGCGGCGACGCAGCACGUGAGCUGCAUGAGCGGCGCGUGCUCGCCGACUGCCGCUCCCAGCUGACCAAGACGCCGCAGCAUUUGGUGCUGGUAAUCUCGCCCAGCGACGGCUAUGUGGAUGCGCUGCUCCUGAAGCGCAUCUUCGGCUUCGCCCUGGACGUGGGCGUCAAGCAUGUCAGUGUGUACGAUAAGCGGAUGAAGGACAGGGGCUUCGUGGAGCUAGCGGACCUGUGUCGGUCGGCCAACGAAGGCAGCGGAAGAUGCUUCAAGUGGCCACCAAGUCAAAGCAAGCCGGAAAGUGAGUCAAGAAACGGACAAAAUACCAAUGGUUAUGCGAACGGUACAAGUGGUUCGCAUUUCCCCCAGCAGUUGCAGCUCUAUCAAAUCGAUGAGUCUGAUGGCCAUGCCCUCAUAGCCGAAGUCUGUCGGGAGCUGUAUGAGGAGAGGGAGACGCCGAAGGUGCAAAAUUUACUCAGCCAAAAGCGCGAAGCGCUCACCGAGCAGAUCAGUGGCAUGCUGGCUAAGCGACUUGGCUUUGAGGCACCGGAACCCGACCUGGGCAUCGUGUUCGCGCGGCAGACAUGCACCUUCGGCCUGCUGCCGUGGCAUGUGCGCUUUACCGAGUUUCACACGCAUCCAAGCGGACGGUACUUUGACGUGGAGACGUUCGCCAGCAUCCUGUGCAAGUACUCGCGGUGCGAACAGCGCUGGGGCAAGUAGGAAGCGGGCUGCGGAGCCCUUAUAUUAACUAGUUACCUUAACUUUAAAUGUAAAUUAUCGCCAGGAAUUCCUCUAGCACGUAAGAAUAAACCACAUUGUUCGUAAUGAA